UUACUUUUAAAGCCACGCAGUAUACCGGAACUGCACUUGCCGAGAAAGUCGCCUUCGACAGGAAUAUACCAGAUAACGUUGAGGGCGUGAAACUACGCACGGGGAAGCGCGGUGCGCAAAGCGAAUGAAACCUCACCGAUAAUCGAAGAUACGCCGCAGCUGAGAAAACAUGACCAGCGCUGUCCUGCGUACCGUCGUCCUCGCCGGCCUGAUGGGAGCGGUCACGCUCGGCCAACAGACCUGCGCUCCACCGUCCACGUCGUGGGCAGGCCGCCGAGUCGUAGACUUGUCCUUCAGCUACAACGACCGCACCGUCUACUGGGACGACGACGGACGCUUUCGCAUCAACGCCACCGUGCAGUCGAACGAUGUCGAGGACUGGGUAUUGAUUGACGAAAUCUCGACACCCACGCACGGGGGCACCCACAUGGACGCACCGCGGCACUUCAACAAGCUCGGCUGGUCCGCCUCCGAGAUACCGCUCGACCGACUCCUCAUGGUGCCCAUCGCGCUCAUCGACGUUCAGCAGGAAGCGGCGCGCAACGCCAGCUACCUCAUGCCCACCGCCGAGGUCCUUCGGUGGGAGGCGCAGAACGGCCCACUGCCGCCCAACUGCCUGCUUCUCAUCCGCUCCGGAUGGUCCAAAUACUACAACAACCGGAACGCUUUCUACGGCCUGGACCAGUACGGCCUGCGCCAUUUCCCUGCCAUCGAACCGGCAGCCGUGGAGUUCCUCACCCGGCAGCGCAGCGUGGCGGGCGUCGGCAUCGAGACGGCUUCGGUGGACUUCUAUGGCGUGACGCGGUCGCACCACUUGCUGGCGGCCGCUAACGUGUACAUCCUGGAGAACCUGGCCGACUUGAGCCUCGUGCCUCCGGUCGGCGCCCACGCCAUUGUGAUGCCGAUGAAGAUCGACGGCGGCGGUGGCGCGCCCACACGAGUCGUUGCGCUGCUGCCUUGAAAUGACGAGCGAACGUUUCUUUCCACAACGUGUUUUGCAUGGUACAUCUGAAAAAUUCAUGCAGUAUAUAUAGUGUAAAUCAAACGAGUUACGCUCGUUGUUCAAAUGGUGUCACUCCGUUCAUAACAACUUAAGCUCCGAAAAUGUGUGCAUAUUCAAAUUACUGUGGUAUCUGCCUAAUAAUUGACCUCUCAAAUUAUCUUAGCUCAUUCUUCCCAGGGACUUGGAAGCAGUACUUAGGGUGGUGCGUUCCUCAAUAUGGGCUCAGAUAACUAUGUUCCCAAGUGACUAUCCCAAGUCCUGUUCCAGUCCUGAUGUGGACGGCAAAGAAGAGUUUCGAGGAGGCGACAUGGAAGUCUACAACGACGCAGGCUAACCUGCUGUCUGCUGAUACAGCAAGUGCUAUACUAUGAAGAGCAGCAGGAUGGUGCGGAGUCAAGGAAGCACGGCUAAUAAGACUUACGAUUGUGUGGAAGGCCUGUAUGCGUGGCCGGUGUGUGAAACCAUAACGGCGAGCACUAAUUAGGCUGAAGAGGAAAGCGCAUGCUUAGAAAAAAAAAACGUGUGGGAGUUAUGAGAAUGAACAGGGAUUUCUUACGUUGUAUGAAAUGACGC